CCUUUCCUCUUGCCUGUCCUGUGUCAGUGCACAGCUCAAAACUGCUGCUUCGUUGCAACGUAGAAGAGCUGGAGUUUCUUAGAUGAUAGAUGGGCUUUCUGCAAGGAGAGCCAGUAUGUUUUGUGUUUGAGGCAAUGUGCAUGUGGGGUUUACGCUGGAGAGGGGUAAGGCUGCUGAAUAUGUGCAGUAAUUUGGAGUGCUUUUUAAUUUGACAGGAAAGGCAUAGUGAGGCCUCAUAAGCAUGAGCUGGACCUUUAUAAGAGGUGAAAACUGAAGAAGAUAUGUUUAAGUAUAAUUACUCAGUGGGAUGUGAUAAGCUGCCUGUCAUUUUAAGUCUUUGAAUCAGGCAGGGUGUUUUGUCCCACAAGGCACUGCACCUGCUGGGAGCCCUGGGUGACUCCCAGGAGGCCUUUGGCUUGCGUUAUGGUGCAGGUGAGCCCAGGGCACAACUGCAGGUCCAUCGCUCGGCAGCCUGAGCCCCCGAGUGGAGCAGCAGCUGUGCGAGCCAAGCCGUAGCCAGACCUCAGGGGAUCUGUCCAGCAGGGUCACAGAUGUUGUCACUGUUGCAGGCUUAAUGAAAUAGCUUCAGAGUGAUGCCUUUGCCAACUCAGGAAGAAGGAAACACUUGGAAAUUUUUACUGGGAAAAGCCUCAGUAAAAGAAUCUCCUUUCUGUUGUGUUGACGGGGGUGGUGGCUGUGAGGCCGAUGGGUUACGCUGCCGGAGAUAAGAGACUGCGGAGACCAUCGGCUAUUGAACAGGCUGGACUGGAGAUUUUCAGCUUUCCCUGGAUAUGGCUGGUCAAGUGGUGGCAGCAGAUAACACCUAGGGGCUACGUGCCUCCCCUCAUCUUGAAGGAGUUUCAGAAACUGCUCCCCAUGCCGGCAGCCUGGCUGUGCUGCACCGGGGCACGCAGUCCCCGUGCUGCCCCUUAUCUCCCUGCACAGCUGACAUCAUGCUAAACCAAACCCUACGCCUGCUACGGGGAUAAAGAGCUCCCCGCCUCGGCCUCGCCAGGUGGACGGACCCCUCGUUUGGAGUCCUCGCUCUCUGUUUGGCUCGGCUCACCUCUGAAGCGGCUGGAGCGGGUGCCUGCACUGGAUCGGAAGUGCUUGGCCAAGACAAUGUACCAGCAUUUCCUUUUCCUUUUCUUCCUCUCCUUCCAUCCCUAUAAAUGCCAAGAGCAACUCCUGAGUGAAGAUCAGUAUGAAACCCCCAAGGAUUACCAGGAGGUCUACAGAGGGACCAAAAAUGAUGUCAAAGAGAUCCCAAAGAUUGCAAAGCCCUUCAUUUCUGAGAUGAUCUUUGUACAGACCAGCAUUACCGCUGUAAGGAAAGGUGCCUUCAGAUAUAUGCCCAACCUGAUCAAAAUUCUGUUUAUUGGCAACAAAAUCAAGAUAGUUGAACCAGGAGCCUUUGAUGGUUUGGAGAAACUGAGGGAUUUGGAGAUCUCUGGUGCCUCAUUAGAAGAACUAUCUGUGGGUACUUUCCAAAACCUCCCAAGCUUGCAAAGACUGGAGCUGAGAGACAGUCACAUCAGACAGAUCCCCAAAGGACUGUUUGAUGGGCUGGAGAAUUUGGGAGAGCUCUCCCUGCACAUCAAUGCAAUCCCUUCUCUCCCAGAAGGCAUCCUUGAUUCGCUUGCCAAUUUAAUGUUUUUGGACUUGUCUAGAAAUAGGAUCAGAGCUCUUUCUGGGGAUGCCUUUAGCAAACUCCCCCAACUGCAAGUACUCCGGCUGUAUGAGAAUGAGCUGCAGGACCUCCCAGAGGGGUUGCUGGAUGAUCAGCCAGGGCUGCUGGAGCUCAGCCUCCAGAGGAACAGACUCAAGGUUCUGCCACCUACCCUCCUGAAGAACCUGCCUCGUCUGGAGAAACUCCUCUUGGAUAACAAUCUCCUCAGGAUUCUCCCACUUAAGGGCUUUUUUGGUUUAAACAAACUGAAGCUGCUGACACUAGGUUCAAACCACAUUGUAGAGCUUCCCAGCUGCCUUUUUGACGUCAUGCUGCAGCUCCGGGAGCUGGACCUGGGCAGGAACAGUUUGGCCACACUUCCAGAUGGCAUCUUCAGAAACCUCACAUCUCUCAGCAAACUCAUAUUGUCCCAGAACCAGCUAACAGCCCUACCAAGAGGAGCCUUUACUGGGCUCAACAAGCUCUCAGACCUCCAGUUGGACACAAAUCAGCUCUCUGCUCUGGACAGCAAGGUCUUUGCUUCUCUCACAAAUCUGAAAACCCUCAACCUUCAAAAGAACCAGCUGGAGACUGUCCGCAGUGGGCUCUUGGAUCCCUUGGCAAGGCUCAGCUCACUGUAUCUCAGUGGGAACCCAUGGAGAUGUGACUGCAACCUUUGCUACCUGCACAGCUGGAUCCAGGGCAACACUGAGAAAGUCAAAUUGCCCACCCAAGUGGCAUGCAGGAGUCCACCCCACCUGGCACAGCAAGCAGUAAUAUCACUGAGGGAUGACCAGUUAAUUUGCCCAAAUACUCCAUCUCCUUCAGCUUUUUUCACUCCACCUCUGCCAUUCACCUCCUUGUCAUCACAAAGGAUGUCAACUAUGCUAUCACCCAGGGCCUUCCCAACUGCAGUGCUGACCACGCUGUCACCAGGGGCCUUCCAAAUCUUGGCACUGCCAACCACACCAUUGCCUGUGGCCAUUGCUACCAUGUUGCCAACUGUGCCACCAGAGGCAUCCAUCAAUGCUCCAUCACCAACCAUAUCUCUGGAGGCCAUCAUCACCAAAUCAUCACCAGUUGUGCUGCCAGAGGCCUCCAUCACAACCUCAUCGCCAGCUGUGCUGCUGGAGGCCUCCAUCACCACUCCAUCUCUGACUGUGCCGCUGGAGGCCUCCAUUGCCACCCCAUCUAUGACUGUGCCUCCGGAGGCCUCCAUCACAACACUGUCUAUGACUGUGCCACCAGAGGCCUCCAUCACCACUCCAUCUACAACUGUGCUGAUGGAGGCCUCCACUGCCACCCCAUCUCCGACCAUGCUGCCAGAGGCUUCCAUCAACACCCCAUCUAUGACUGUGCCGCCGGAGGCCUUCAUCACCACCCCAUCUCCAACCAUGCUGCCAGAGGCCUCCAUCAUCACCCUAUCUAUGACUGUGCAACCAGAGGCCUCCAUCGCCACCCCAUCUAUGACUGUGCCACCGGUGGCCUCCAUCACCACUGUAUCUACAACUGUGCUGAUGGAGGCCUUCACCGCCACCCUAUCUCCGACCGUGCUGCCGGAGGCCUCCAUCGCCACCCCAUCACCGACCAUGCUGCUGGAGACCUUCAGCUUCAGUGCAACACCAGCCAUCAUAAGCCUACAGCCUCCCGGAGUCACUACCAUGGAGCCCACACCAUCCACACCAGCUUCUGCUGCCACACUAGUGUCAGCCACCAGGCUGGCAGCCACCUCUGGACAAAUGCCACCUGUUCCUCCAGUGCCCAUGGAGAGGCCAGCAGCCAUCCCUUUGGGGAUUCCCAGCACCUCCCUUGUCUCAGGCUCCCCAUCAGUGCUCCAGCCACCCCACAGGACUGAUGUGCCAGGCAUGGCCACACUGGCAUCGCACUCACCGUCUGACCAAGCCUCUAAGCCAGGCAGGGAGUGGGAUCAGGCCAUGGUGCGGGACUCUUCCACCAUCAGCACCCAGCCCUCAGCUACAGCCUCCCAGCACAAUUCUGCCUUCCAGCAUCCGCUUGGCCCCCCUCAACAUCUCCUGCAUCCUCUGUCCUCACCAUCGCUGCCACGUGGGGCCAUGCAAGUGCUCAGCCGGCCUCCCUGCCUUCGUCCUCUUGCUGGCUUCACGCUUGGGGCUGCACCUUGCACUCCAGCCUCCGGUACUGCCAGGUCUCACUUGCUCUAUUCUUGUUUAUGAUCGUGCUGGAAAUUGGUUGCACAUUCCUGGGGGUGAAUCUGGCCCUUCUCCUCUACAAGGCCACCCGCCGUAGAGGCGGACCUGUGGCAUUGGUGAGGCUGGUGAGUGUCCAGCCCCUCGCAGCUGCGCGCCCACACCAGAGCUUCCACCGGGCCUUGGGAUGUGAGGCUGCCCCAGGGCCCCCUGAGGAAGCGCCAGCACCACUUUGAGCUUCACUGCUCCUGCGCAACCAGCAUGCUUAGUGCAGCUGGUGCAUCUCCACUUUGUGAUUUAGCAUUCCUACAUCCGCUGGAGUAAGGGAGGGUGAUUUCCCCAUAAAUCUCGGCUGAAGCCUGGAGCUGUGCUGGUGGCACAGGGCUGUGUGUGCUCGUGGCAGGGGCCUUGGCAUGGCUCUCCCAGCACUGCUUUUCUGCUUUACCUUGCUCCUUUGGUCCUGUCACUUACUACAAGAGGGGAUCCCCAGGAGCAGGGUGUUCCAGGACCUCUCUGUGCUGGGGACAGUUUUGAGGUGCCCCUAGCUCAGCCCUGGAGAGGCUGUGAGCUUGCAGGGCUGGGGCUGCCCCGUCCCUGGUGGCACUGCCUCAUGGUCCCUUCUGCCAGGCAACACUAGAUGGCAUCCCUGCACCGGCAGUGACUGCCACCGCCUGCCACUGCCUGUCCCGCUGCCACUCAUGGCCACAGAGGGUGACCAUGGCCCUGGAGGCCCUGCUCUGAUGCAUCCAAGACCCCACUGCCAGCCUUCCCUGGUCAUGCUGCAAGACUGGUCCACACUGGUACAUCCAUCAAGCAACUCUGAACUCUUCUUCUCUCUUUCUCAGUUUCCACCUCAACAAUAUUAAAGCCUGCUGUGUGUGUCUCCACCAUGCACUAAAGAGCUGAGAGGAAUGUUUCUAUGCCAGGCUCUUUCUCAACGUAGUCUCCAGUGGUGGUUGCCCACUGCUGGCUGGGGCACAGGGUUCCUGAACUGGCGAAGAUGUCAGAGAGCUACAUUGGACCAUGGUUGCAACCUCUCCUGUUGAUCUGACGGACACAGGCAGUGACACAGUGAGAAAACCAAUGCUUUUUUUUCCCCCCACUAUUAAAUCUUGUGCCCCGAAAAGCUCUUUAAGAGGCGGCAUGUCCUGGUUUCUCUGGGAGAGUAACAUUUGAUUAUGGCCAAUCACUUUGUUCACAUACAAUAAUUUAACCUGGACCUGUACCCAAAAUCCAGGCUAAGUGCCAGUUCCUUUGAAUUUCAGAAAGAGGUGGGUCACUUUCCUCAUAAACGAAGUUUUGAUGUGUGUGUUCACCUCUGCUCUUCUGGGCUGCAGCCAGGGCCAAAAAAGGAAAGUGCCAAACCUAAACAAAAGUGUCUGUUUCUGUGGCUUUUCUGGCAUCGCAGGAAGUGGUGAAACUUUCACUAGAAAACUUUAUCCCAGGAGAUUUUGAGCCUGGUUUUGAUAGCUCUGAAAAAACUGCUAUGGCACUGCUAAGCCUUCGGUUCUUCAGAUCCCUGCAGGCUGGGAGAUUUGCAGAGAUGACAUUGCACUUGCUGUAAGGCAGGAGAGGUGGCUGAGCCCUGAUGCCGAGGUUUCUCGGUGCUGCUCGCUCGCAGCCUCUCCCCAUAGCAGAAUUUCCCUCCGCAGCACAGCCUGGGCGCUGAACACCAGCUCCCUUUUGGCACAUAAAUAACUUUCCUGCCAUCAUGAUCAGCAAAAGCCUGAGGAUGUGAACCCCGGUAGCUUGCAA